AUGUGGCGCGGCUGCGUGUCGCGGGGCCUCUGGAAGGUCAAGGCUGCCGCCUCGGCCUCCAGGCUCUUCUCCACGAGCUCGUCCUACACGGUGGUGGAUCACACCUACGAUGCUGUUGUCGUGGGAGCCGGAGGUGCGGGGCUCAGGGCAGCGAUUGGCCUUUCGGAGCAUGGGUUCAACACUGCCUGCAUCACCAAGCUCUUCCCCACACGAUCACAUACAGUGGCGGCUCAGGGAGGCAUAAAUGCUGCUCUUGGCAACAUGAGUGAAGAUGACUGGAGAUGGCAUAUGUAUGAUACAGUCAAAGGAAGUGACUGGUUGGGCGACCAAGAUUCUAUUCAGUAUAUGUGCAGAGAGGCACCAAAAGCUGUUAUAGAACUUGAGAACUAUGGCUUACCAUUUUCCAGAACUGAAGAUGGAAAAAUUUAUCAACGAGCCUUUGGUGGCCAAAGCUUAGAUUUUGGAAAAGGUGGGCAGGCCUAUCGGUGUGCAUGUGCAGCCGAUAGAACAGGGCAUGCUAUGCUACACACACUAUAUGGUCAAGCAAUGAAGCAUAAUACUCAGUUUUUUGUUGAAUAUUUUGCACUGGACCUUCUCAUGGACAAUGAAGGCACCUGCCAAGGGGUAAUUGCGCUAAACAUGGAGGAUGGUACUCUUCAUCGUUUUCAUGCUGCAAAUACAAUUCUAGCCACUGGAGGUUAUGGUAGAGCCUACUUCUCAGCAACUUCAGCUCACACAUGUACUGGUGAUGGCAACGCUAUGGUUGCACGUGCCAGAUUACCCCUUCAGGAUCUUGAGUUUGUGCAGUUCCAUCCUACAGGCAUUUACGGUGCUGGAUGCCUGAUAACAGAAGGUUCCCGAGGUGAAGGUGGUAUUCUUCGGAAUAGUGAAGGUGAGAGAUUUAUGGAACGAUAUGCUCCAACUGCUAAAGAUCUUGCAUCUCGUGAUGUUGUUUCGAGAUCGAUGACAAUGGAAAUUAGGGAGGGCCGUGGUGUAGGACCACUGAAGGACCAUAUCUACCUGCACCUCAACCAUCUUCCUCCAGAAGUUCUCAAGGAAAGGCUUCCUGGUAUAUCUGAAACUGCUGCGAUUUUUGCUGGUGUUGAUGUCACCAAAGAGCCGAUUCCUGUUUUGCCUACUGUGCACUAUAACAUGGGUGGUAUCCCGACAAAUUAUCAUGGGGAGGUGCUGCAUAUCAAGGGUGAUGAUCCAGAUGCAGUUGUUCCUGGUCUGAUGGCUGCUGGGGAAGCUGCUUGUGCAUCUGUUCACGGCGCUAACAGGCUUGGUGCAAAUUCACUUCUUGAUAUAGUUGUAUUUGGCAGAGCUUGUGCAAACAGGGUUGCUGAGAUAUCCAAACCAGGAGAGAAGCAGAAGCCUCUUGAAAAAGGUGUUGGAGAAAAUACUAUUGCUUGGUUGGAUAAGUUGAGGAAUGCAAAUGGAUCUUUACCUACUUCAAAGAUUCGUCUCAACAUGCAACGGGUUAUGCAAAACAAUGCUGCAGUUUUCCGCACACAAGAAACUCUUGAGGAAGGCUGUGAACUGAUUAGCAAAGCAUGGGAAAGUUUCCAUGAUGUCAAGAUCAGUGACAGAAGUCUCAUAUGGAAUUCAGACUUGAUUGAGACCAUAGAACUAGAGAAUCUGCUAAUAAAUGCAUGCAUAACCAUGUAUUCAGCAGAGGCUCGCAAAGAGAGCAGAGGAGCUCAUGCCCGUGAAGAUUUUUCGACAAGAGAUGACGAGAAGUGGAUGAAGCACUCUCUAGGGUAUUGGGAGAACGAGAAGGUUAGACUAGCCAACAGGCCAGUUCACAUGAAUACCUUGGACGAUGAAGUUCAAUCUUUCCCACCGAAAGCACGUGUUUACUAA